AUGCGAGAGAGACGACUACAGUGGUAUGGCCACGUCAUACGAGCUGCUCCUGAUACCGUCGCUGCCACUGCAUACCGAUUUGAAGUUGACGGCAAACGACCGCGUGGGAGACCAAGGCAGCGGUGGCAAGAUUCGAUCAACAAGGAGAACAAAGCUGUGCUGGCUGCACUUACUGCGUAUUCGGUAUUUUUCACCGAUAUUCCACUCGGCCAUGACACAACACACAUAAGUCACGCGUUCGAUUUGACUCUCGCAUACCAGCGAAUUUUCUUCGGUUUGGCGUUAACGUUGCGAAGCGAGAUGUUCCGCAGAUUGAUGAAACGAAAAACGCGAGUGUCUCGAAUGAUGGAUCGCCAAAACGCAUCCAAUUAUUUUGAUGGGCUCAAAACAAUGUGGUCUUAA